AUGAGGAGUCCGAUGGAUAUAUGUCCAAUGGAUCCGGAUUUUGAUGAUGAUGUGACGGAGCUCAAUCAAUUGGAAGUAGAUCAGGAAACGGGACUAGUAAUCGAUCGUUCACAGAAGGCAUUUUCCAAAAAAGUUUUGGCAUCAAGGGUUUCACUUAAGGAAGAGAAGAAGGAGUCUGAGAAGCGAAAGAAUUUAGUUGAUAAGAAACGUGAAGAUGAUAUAUUGAAGAGUAAAUCGUUUUUGGCAGAUGAACCCAAAUCAAAAAGAAAUAGAUCAUCAAAAUCUGUAAAAGACAGUACUUCAUCAAAGGAUGUCAGUAACAAGACCAGUAAGAGAGGGCGUCCAAAAAUGGUUUCAUCCGACAUUUCAUCAAGGUCAUCCGUCAAAACUGACGCACAGAUCCAGAAAACUGAAACUGCUGAUGCUUCUUUAAGCUCGGACGUAGUAGAAAUCGGAGCAGAAGUUGAUGAAGAAAUAGUAAGGAAUCAAGAAGAAGAAGUAAAUGACAAUAUAUCACCGAAAAAUGUUUGCUUUAUACCUGGUGAUUUGAUUAAUGAUAAAGCAGAACCGCAAAUUUCGUUGAAAGCUUUCAAUGGAGCUAUUAAUAAAGCUUGCACCAACAGAAAGACGAGUUCCACCAAAAUUUGUAUCAUCGUUAACGAUAACAAAGAGGACGAUGAUUAUAAAGACGAUGAUGAUAAAGACGAUGAUGAUAAAGAUGACGAUGAUAAAGACGACGAUGAUAAAGACGAUGAUGAUAAAGACGAUGAUGAUAAAGAUGACGAUGAUAAAGACGACGAUGAUAAAGACGAUGAUGAUAAAAACGAUGAUGGCAGAGACGAUGAUGGCAAAAACGAUGAUGAUGAUGUGCCAAAUUUCGACAGAAGUUUGAAUAAAUUGAAUACUACAACCGUCAACUCGUAUUCAUACCCUCAGCAACAGUCAACGGUUGUACCGACAAACAACCCAACCUUGAGUUCACAUACUCAGAACCAAUUUGCUACUCAUUUCGAUUCGUACUACCAGAAUAACCAGCAAAUGAAUGGACCAAAUAUUCCGGCUUACAAUCAUCCGCAUUUUUACAACCAAUCCCAACAUCAUUUUGCAGGAUAUUAUGCUGGACCUCAAUGGUAUCAAUCUCAACAGAGUUUUGCUUCGCAGUAG